UCAGUCAUGCACGCCCCCUUCUCGUGCUUCUCCGCCCACUUUCUCUCUUCUUGCAGUCGGACGAUAAUUCAGAAUACGCCGCUGUAUCCGAAGAGUUUGAGGAGAUGGAUGGAGAAUUAUUUACCGAUUCAGAGCAGAAUUGGGCCAGCACAUCUGAAUCUGACUGGAUGAGCGAGAAGGGAAAAGGGAAAGGAAAACAAGGGGGGAAAAGAAAGAUGAAUCAACAAAACCGUAGCAAGAAGAAAAUAGCCAGAAGUAAAAACUCUAGCCUUCCAGACCUGAAGAAGAUGAAUGCUGAAUCAGUUAUGAAGCAGACUAAGCCAGAAUGUGAACUGAAGGAAAACUGCUCAGAAACUGAUUUUAAUGACGAUGACAGAAGGAGAAUGAAAGAAAAAAUGAAAAUGCAAAGAUGCUUCAAGCAGAGUAACAACAAGAGGCCAUUUUCCCACCAAAUAUCCAGUGUAAACAGCCAGACCAAGAAUAAAAAUGACACGGGGGUAGACGUAACAGAUGUCUUUCAAGAAGUCAGAAAUAAGAAACAGCUGGCUGUUCGUUGUGGAAAAAUGGCAGGUUGUCUGUACAGAAUAAAAUAUGACAAUGGAGAGAAGUGUAUUUCAUGUAAAGGGAAAUGGUUUACGCCCAGUAUGUUUGAGGAGCUUGGAGGAAAGGGGAGUAACAAGAAGUGGAAGAGUAGCAUCUAUUACAAGCCAUCAAAUGGCCUUCAACAAGUGCAAUUAGAGAAACUCAUACAGAAUAGGUGUCUGCCACAGUAUGGAUAUCUGAGGAAGUCAUCUAGACAGUUGACACAGACAGAUAGAUGUGGUGCAGACUCAUCAUCUCAGCAAAAUGUGACAAGAAGGAAGACACCUAACCAUACAAAACACAGUUCUUCAGACGAGUCCAUAUCUGUUGCUGAAAGAGUCAAACUGAACAGGAGGGAACCUAUAAAUUUAACUGAAACUGUCAGUAAAACGAUCACAGAACAUAUAGAAUCUACUGGGAAUGAUAGAGAUUCACCUGCUCAUCCCACCGAUGCUACAAAACCUGCAGUAUCUCCUGUCAUAGAGGAGCCUGAUCAGACCAUAGAUUUCAGUGAAUCACCUGAUGAAUGGCAGAACCCUGUUGCUUCUGAAGAGACUGAGAAGACAGGCCAGAUGCAGCUAUUUGAAUUUCUGGAAAAUCAGUUUAAUACCAUUAACAACACCCUACAAUCAAUUGAUUUGUCUUUGAAGAAGCUGGUGGAAAAACAGACAGAAGACACACUGCCUCAAUACAUCAGUCUAACUCCUGCUGUUAUUGAAAAUCCCCAGAUUCACUCCUCAGUCAAGGAGGAGCAAAUCACGGAAGUUGUAAUGACAUGA